UCCUGGCGCCUGGCGCCUGGUGCCGGACGCCCGGGUACUGGGGGAUUAUUGCGUCUGCUCCCCGACCAGGGAAGGUGUGGGCUUGGCCGGCUCUCAGGUUCCCGCUGGACUCCGGGAAGAUGACGGCGUCUCGCGCGCCGUGCGCCACCCGUGGCUUUCGCCCCGAAAAGCGCUUAUCUUGGCGCCUGGUCGGGUUCCUUUUGGUGGCCCCAGUGCUUCUGCUCUGUCUAAACUCCGAUGCGUGUGGUAAGCCACCAAAAUAUGAAACUAUGGACCUCAAGGGUACCCCUAAGGAGUAUUAUGAAGUUGGGGAGAGAAUAUAUUAUCAGUGUCAUCCAGGAUACAUAACUGUGCGACCCGUCAUGGCUUAUUGUGAACAGAAUCACUCAUGGUUCCCUAUCGAAGAAGCUUGUUACAAAAAAGCGUGUGAUGAUCCCAUAUUCCACAAUGGUGAAGUCGUUGCCCCAAAUUACUCCUUUCAGUUUGAUAAUGAAGCUCACUUUUAUUGUGAUGAGGGUUAUUACUUAUCAGGAAAACAAGUUGUACUUUGUAACCGUCGUGGAAAUGAUGUGUUUUGGGGUGAUGAAUUACCGAAGUGUAAGAAGAUUUACUGUAAACCACCUGCAAAAAUAAAAAAUGGAAAAUACAGCAAUAGUCACAGAGCUAUAUUUGAAUAUAAUGAAUUAAUUACUUAUACUUGUGAUCCUUCAAAUGGACCAGAUGAAUUUUCACUUGUUGGAAACAGCAAACUUAUUUGUGUUGAGACUAACAAGUGGAGUAGUGCCCCUCCUCAGUGUAAAGUGGUCAGAUGUCAAUAUCCAGUAGUUGAACAUGGAAAACUGGUAUCAGGAAUCAGAGACAAAUAUUCCUACCAAGCAGUGGUUCUAUUUGAAUGCCUCCCAGGCUUCUAUCUUAAUGGCAGCAACCCAGUGUUCUGUGGUGGGAGAAGUACUUGGGAGCCUGAGAUACCAAAAUGUAUCAGAGGUUUCAAGCCCACUCAUCCACCCAAACCCCCAGUCUCAAAGUAUCCAGGCUAUCCCGAGCCCAACGACCCAAUAUCACUUGAAGACUUUGAGGAAUUAGAUGCAGGCAUCAUUGCUGUGAUUGUUCUUACCAUUCUUGUUGGCCUUGCGGUACUUUGCACCUGCCUGUAUAGAUGUUUUCAAAGGGAGAAGAAAGGAUGGCAACAUAAGAGAAUCCUGAACUCACCUCCUCUCAUACACACGGAAUCUACGGCUACAUACAGAACAGUUCCCUCUGAAAGGAAUCUGAAAACUCACUUGAUGGACUCCUACACAUUGGGUGGAUAAAAAACCCCCAUCAAGGGGCACUUGGCUGGCUCAGUCAGUGGAACGUCUGACUCUUGAUCUUGGGGUUGUGGA